AUGACAAAGACUUAUUUUAUUACUGGAGCUAACCGUGGUAUUGGCCUUUCUAUGGUCAAGCAAUUGGCUGCGAAACCCGAUGUUGAAGUUAUUGUAACAGCCAGAAACCCUGCUAGCGCUAAAGAAUUGCAAGAGUUGGUAAAGCUCAAUUCUAAUGUCAAGCUUGUUCAAUUGGAUGUGAGCGAUGAGCACAGCAUUAAAACGGCCGGUGCAGAGGUUGCAAAAUUGACCCAUUCAAUUGACGUAUUUGUUAACAACGGAGCUAUUGGCCAGGCUUUUACUCCUGUUUUGAGGACUCCCAAGGAGCAAUGGACGAACCAUUACAUUACCAAUGUCGUGGGACCAAUUCUUUUGUUGCAAGAGAUCUACCCACUUAUCAAGAAGGGAAAUGAUAAGAAGGUUAUCUUCAUUUCCACUUUGGUUUCGUCGCUAGGUUUGACUCUUCCAGUCAACUUCUCAGCUUAUGGACAGUCGAAGGCAGCUCUUAACUACUCUGUUAGGGACUUGGCUAAGGAAUUGCGGAAGGACGACUUUAUUGUCGUUGCGGUUCAUCCUGGUGUAGUUGGUACCGAUAUGGGUAACGAUGCCGGUAGACUUUUAAUUGCUGAGGACCCAAGUGCUGCUGACUUCUUCUCGCUGAGUGAAGUCAUUACUCCAGACCAAAGUGCUGAAAGUUUGAUUGACUUGUUCGGAGGUUUGUCUGCUGAGUCUAGUGGUAAAUUUUUGAGUUACGACAAGUCCGAACUCCCAUGGUAG